AGCGACGAUUUCCUUCUCUCCUGACUUCCUGUGAUCUUUUGUUCUUCGUUUUUGUUUCCUGCGAUCGAAAUUUCUUGAAUUUUCCUUCGUCUGACGUUCAAAGUCUCAAAGGGGGUUCCUCCAGUCAUGUUCAAAUCCUUCUGGGGUUCUCAGGAGCAACAAUCUCAGCCACAUCCACAAGAGGCUUCUACACAGGCUUGGUACCCUUCUUCAUUGGUUGGCUCGCCAAAUUCAUCACGACCAUCCACACCAAAUAGCAGCUUUACUGGUUCUAGUGUACAAAGGCCUUCAGACCGGCCACAGUCUCCGUCACAUAUGCAGCUUUCUCCUGCUGAAGCUGCGGGUAUGAUUAAUCUGUUAAAGGACAAAAGUGUUGACGAGUUGCGGAAGCUUUUGUCGGAUAAAGAUGCAUACAACCAGUUCUUGCUCUCCCUUGAUCAAGUGAGGACACAGAAUAAUCUACGGGAUGAACUACGGAGGGAAACUUUGCAGCUUACAAGGGAAAACUUGGAGAAGCAACCACGCAUCUUGGAACUUACAAACCAGUGCCGAAUUAUUCGGACAACAGAGUUAGCUACCGCCAAGGAGAAACUGAAUGAUCUGGAGAGACAAAAAGAAGAAACCCUUAGGUAUUCACCCUCAAUGCUGCUCCAUAGGCUUCAAGAUGCGACGAACAAGGCUGAAGAGGAAUCUGAUACUCUUCACCGGCAAUUACUUGAGAGAGAGAUUGAUAUGGGUGUUUUUGUACAGAAGUACAAGAGGCUACGCAGUACUUAUCAUAGACGAGUGCUCACCCAUCUUGCAGCCAAGACAUCCUCUGUGUGAGUGUUCAUCUAUGUAUGUAUAAAAGAGGGUUUCUUGAAUAGUGUCAAAUAGUUUGCUUGCUGUUGGACUGUGGAACUCUGUGGUGUAUUCAUUUUACUUUGCUGAUGUUUGAAACACAUUAUUGUUCCACAAUCAAGUGCCUUGAAAACCCCAUCUCGCUCA